AUGGUCGUAGCUUGUGCAAUGACAAUGUCAAACUCCAACGAUCAUAAGGAAAACAAUUCCUUCACUGAAAAAAUUAAUGUAAACGAACCUAUACCAACACCACCAAAUAACGAAAUAAGUAACAAAGAGCAAAUCACAACUAAUAAUUUUUUAGAAAUAUCACCAAGCAUAAGUCAAAGUACUAGCGGAAUCGACUUUAUUGAAAACGAAGAAGUAAAAGUGGUAAUCUGUCAAGAUAAUAGUGCCGCAGUAACUACUACGCGGAGGUCACAAAGAAAUAUUGGAAAAAAACCUCGGAGAUAUAACAUUUACUCAGAAACAGAUACUAGCAAUGAUAGCUUUAGUAGUAAUAGUAGUACGGAAUCUCCUACAAAGAAGAAAUCCUUAUCUGCAAAGAACCAAGUUAAAAUUAUUAGUCCUAAACGAGGUCCUGGUCGACCACGUAAAAACGUUGAUUUAACAGAGACUCAACGCACUAUAGGUUCACCUAUAAUACCUCGUCCAAAUGCGCAAUCGAAUAAACCUGUUGGGAGACCACCUAUUAGGCCUGCAAAGUCACUUCGUUUAAAGUUUUCUUUGGAUUCAGGUACUACCUCCACUUCAACUACACCUGAGAAAAAGGUAUCUGGUAAUCAAACUUCUGUCGAAGUCACGCCAUCUGCACAUUUUAGUAAUACAAGUGUCUCAAAUACUGAUACUUUUACGCAAAGAAUGUCGGAAAAACCAAUAUUUAAUGGAAAUAAUAGCGAAAUUCCAAUAGGUACAACUUCUGAUGUUCCUGUAAACGUUACUCCUAUAAAACGAGGGCCAGGUCGACCUCGUAAAAAUCCGCUACCAUUGGAUAGUAUGAAAUCUCCUGUUAACGGACAAUCCGCGCGUCAAAAUGAUCGGAAACGAAAAAUCAACGUUAAUAGUAGAAAUGCAACAUUAAAUGAAUCAAAAAAUAAUGAUGGCAAUUAUUCUAAGGAAACUUUUGUUACUCCUAGGACGAAAAGAACUAAAACUUUGUCAAAUAAUGAAGAAUCUCUGUCGGAGAUAAUAUCUAAGAAGCCAGAAAAGCCAAAGACUCCCUUGGGUAUAAUUCGUGAAGAGCGUGUAAAGGAGCGUGUGGAUGAUCUCGUUCAAGUUGUUGAAGAACAUGACAGCUUGGUUCGAGAGUUGUAUUAUAUGGAAUCUUAUAAUAUGUUGAUGUGGGAUCUCGACCCACAAAAAAUAAAUUCUGAUAAUAGUGAGCGUAUGGUUAAGUAUUUAGAAAAUCACAACCUAUGGUCCUCUUUAAACGAACAAGUCACCAACAGCAUCCAAUCAAAUUCUACUAGGAUGUCCACUCGUCGGUCACUUAACAAACAUCGUGAUUCUAUCCUCAGUAUGUUACAACAAUCUAUCGGUUCGCGAGUUUUCCACAAUGUUAUGCCAUCCGAGCAUACUUCUGGAGACUCUGACAGUGGAAGUCGCCCAUUCCGUAGGUCCUCAAGAGUAGAUUCUACUAGUAAUCGUGAUAAUGCAUCAUCGGGUAGUAUGUCAUUGUAUUCGCUACGUAGGCGAGGUCAUGCUCAAUUUCCAAGUUUUGAAGCAUAUUUGGAAUCGUUUAUCACUUUGGAUGAUGAGGAUAUCACCCCUGCUGAAGAAGCAGCUAGGCUUCCAAACGAGAUAGAUGUUGAUUAUCGUAUUUUAGUCUUAAAAAAUAAAGGAAAAUUACAACCAAUUCCUAAACCAGCUUCUGAACCACCACGCCAAAAGGUUCAUUGGGAUUUCAUUCUUGACGGAGUAGUGGCAAAGUCGAAAAGAAUUAAUAAAAGUAGUGAUGAAAGGUUAAGAAAAACGCAUCAAGUCAGUAGGGCAAUUUUAGGACAUUUUAACAAAUUAGCGAUGAAAGAGCCAAAUGCGAUAAAAGCUGAAGAAAAGCGAAUCAAAAAGUUAGCUAAGACAACAGCUAACUUAGUCAAGCAUAGGUGGAGAGAAAUAGCGAAAUUUAUUAAUGAUAUGCAUGACAAGCUGGUGGCCGAAGAAGAAGAACGACGAGGCAAACAAAAGCUUAAUGCACUUUUUGAAGAUGCUACUCAGAAGAUUGAAUUUCACGAAAAAUAUUUAAUGGGAACUACCACUAUGGAAGAUGUUAAUAUAAAUAACAAUGAUAAGCAGGAAUUCAAAUCAGAUAUUAAUUUAUCUGAUGAAGAUCAAAUGUCAAUGGAUGAAGAGGUCAUGGAAAUUGAAUCUUCGGAUGAUGACGAAGAAAUUCGUAAUUUACAAGCUGAGAAAGACCUUCCAUUAGAGGAUUUAAUGGAAAAAUAUGAUUAUCCUCUUUAUUUUGAGGAUCAGGAAGAUAAUCGUUCUACAGAUCCGGAUAUGUCUGAUGAAGAAGUUGAAAAAGAUCAAUCUUUUCAACAUGGAGAGUCGGACGCAUAUAUGAAUGUUGACAAUGAGGCAAGUUCCUUCCCUUCAAUAUCUACUCCAGAGCAAUUAGACAAUGCACUUCGAAAGAGUUUACGCAAACGAACAUUAUCUCUCGAUAUAAAAACGGUAAAUCUAAGUGAUGAUCCUGACAUUAAUGACAGAGAGUUUACAGUGUCACUGGAUCAGUGUGUUGAAGAUAAUGAGGCUUCGUUGGAAGCUCAAGAACUUGAAGAAGAUUCUGAAGAGGAAGCGAUUGAAUUAAACGAAUUAGCUGAUGAAAUGAAUCUUCCCAUAGAUGAAUUAUUAAAGCGUUAUGGCGUUAAUAAACAUUCCGAGGAAGAAAAUAAUGCCGAUAUUGAAGAGUCAAAGCUAGUUUCAAAUGGUACUACUAGUAAAGGUUUAAGAAAGGGUGUUCAGGAGAAAAGAAAAAGUGAUGUCUCAUCAUUAUAUGAUAGUGACGAUGAUAGUCUUUCAGAAUUAGAUACGUCAACACAAAGUUCUGAAAGUUCGAAUGUAUCUGUUCGAAUUGAAAACAUUCCAGCGAAUGGUGGUGAGAUGCCUCGACAACAUGAAGCUGAUGAGUCGAUUUCUGUAGUAACUACUGAUACAGAUGACGAUUUCACGACCAAAUUUUUAAUAUCCAAGUCCCAGGAAAGCUUUAUGAAAAAGGCUAUUAUAACCUCUGAUAAUCGUUCAGACAAUUCUAAAUUAAGUGCAAAGAGAAAAAAGCUGGAAAAAGAACCUGGUAGACUAGAAGAUGGUACUGAUACAUCAAGACAGUCUACUAAUAUAACGGCUCUUACGAUUACCAAAGCAAGGACACCAAUACCUUCAUUAUUGAGAGGUCAACUUCGUGCAUAUCAACAUGAUGGUCUUCAUUGGCUUGCUAGUUUAUAUGAACAAGGGAGUAAUGGCAUUCUUGCUGACGAGAUGGGUCUCGGUAAAACAAUUCAAACCAUUGCUUUAUUAGCUCAUUUGGCUUGCGAUAAAGGAGUUUGGGGACCUCAUUUAAUUAUUGUACCUACAAGCGUUAUUAUUAACUGGGAAAUGGAGUUUAAAAAGUGGUGUCCCGGAUUUAUCAUUUUAACUUAUUAUGGUAGCCCAAAAGAACGUAAAGAAAAACGUUUAGGAUGGUCAAAAGAACAUUCGUUCCAUGUUUGUAUCACUUCUUACCAUCUCGCAGUUCAAGAUGCAAUUAAUUUCAGGAAAAAGAAAUGGCACUAUUUGAUUCUUGAUGAAGCUCAUAAUAUCAAGAAUUUUAAAUCUCAACGUUGGAAUACUUUAUUGAACUUUAAUUCCGAGAGAAGAUUACUACUAACUGGAACGCCUUUGCAAAAUAAUCUUAUGGAAUUAUGGUCUUUGUUGUACUUUUUAAAACCUAAUGCACGUAAUGAUGAUAUGUCGUUUGAGUAUGCUAAUCAAAAAGAAUUUCAAGAUUGGUUUUCACGUCCUGUUGAUAAAAUGAUUGAAAACAAUGAAGGAUUUGAUGAAAAAACUCGUGCGGCUAUUCUUACCUUACAUACAUUAUUGCGACCUUAUCUUCUACGGCGUUUAAAAAUUGAUGUAGAAAAACAACUACCUGCCAAGCAUACUCAUAUUAUUAAGUGUCGCUUAUCGAAGCGACAAAGGUUUUUAUAUGAUGAUUUUAUGUCUCGUUCUAAAACUAAAGAAACUCUUCGAUCAGGCAAUUUUUUAAGUAUUAUCAAUUGCCUAAUGCAACUACGAAAGGUCUGCAAUCAUCCGGAUUUAUUUGAAGUCCGUCCUAUCGUAACCUCAUUUGCAAUGAGCCGUUCUGCUAUUAGAGAUUAUGAAUAUUGUGAAUUAACUUUACGUAAUCGUCUUAAUCGAGGAAACUAUCAUUUGGAGCGGAUAAAUUUGGAUUUAUUUAAUCUUAUUACAAUUGACUAUGAGAAUAUGGAUUGGUUGGCUACUUCGGAGUAUAGUGUGUUAGAUCCAGACAACUUAUUUGAGAAGAAACUUUAUUUGUGCAAUUCAAGAAUCAAUACCAACAUCGAAGAAAUAUCAUAUUAUAGCCUUACUAAGUUUGGUAACAUUAUGCAAAAUCACGUUCAUAUAGCGACCCUAGAGCGUUGGAAUCAUAUGAGAUAUAUCAAUUCGUUUCGUCUUAAACGACGUCCUAUAUACGGAACAGGUUUAAUUAAUAUAUGUAGACAAUUGGGUACGACAUCAUUUGAAAAAUUUUUAAUGGAUUCUAAGAAUCCUAGAAAAAAUUUAGAAUGUACUACUACAUUACCUGAUAUGGUCGUAUCUUAUGAGCGAAGAUAUGAUAUGAUGGAAGAAGUUAUAAAGAGAUAUGCUUUUGUGACUCCGGCAGUUGUUGCAUCCGAUGUAUGUUCAUAUGCAUUAGCUGAAUUACCUGAGGAAUUUCGAUAUAUCGUUCAUAAUCAAGUGCGGGAUUUAUAUUAUCCAAUACGGGUUAAACUUAUGAUUGCUUUUCCUGAUAAAAGGCUCUUGCAGUACGACUGUGGUAAAUUACAAGAAUUAGAUAGAUUACUUCGCAACCUUAAGGAAAAAGGUCAUCGCGCAUUAAUUUUCACACAAAUGACUCGCGUACUUGAUAUACUGGAAAUCUUUCUGAACAUUCAUGGACAUCGUUAUCUCCGUUUGGAUGGUGCUACUAAAAUAGAGCAACGUCAGUUAUUAACAGAACGAUUUAACAAUGAUCCAAGAAUUUUGGUAUUCAUACUUUCAACGAGAUCUGGUGGCUUAGGUAUAAAUCUUACAGGUGCUGAUACUGUUAUAUUUUAUGAUAUUGAUUGGAAUCCUUGUAUGGACCGACAGUGUCAAGAUAGAUGUCAUCGUAUUGGUCAAACACGUGAAGUAAACAUAUUUCGUUUUGUAUGCGAAGCAACAAUAGAAGAAAAUAUGCUCGCAAAAGCACAACAGAAAGAAAUGCUCGAUAAGAUGGUUAUCACUGAUGGUGGUUUUACGACCGAUUUUUGGUCACAACCUAAAGUUGAUUGGCGUGAUAUAGUUAAAGUAAUCGCACCUGACCAUGACAAGGAAAUUAAUGAUGAACCAGAAUCAGGAAUUGAAUUAGAACAAUGUCUAGCAAAAGUUGAAGAUGAUACAGAUGUAAACGCUGCACAAAUAGCGAAAAAAGAAAUGGAAUCGGAUUUAAUAGAAUUUGAUGAAAAUGCGAUAACUCCAACAGAAAGUUCGGGUGUAGCGGAAAAUUCUGGCGCUGCAAUAGUGAGAAGGGAAAGUACUAUUUCUACAGCACCUUCACCAAUGAAUGAAAAUUUUGAAGUUGAUGAUAGCCUUAAGUCGCAUCUUUUGCCUGUGGAAUUGUAUAUGUUUCGUUUUAUGGAAUAUGAUUUGGGUAAAUAUGUUGGAUUUAGUAGAGCAUUUGAGUAUAAUUCAACCGAAGAUAUAAACAAUGAAGAAUAA